UAUACUCAGCACUGAAGAUUGGAUCCGGGAGGGACACCGCCUCUACUAAACCCGGGGGGAAAAAACUCAUAGCACCCCUUCAUAGCUGCGUUCUCCGUCUCCGUCUCCGUCUCCGAGAAGCUCCGGCCGUCGUCACCUCAGCGGCGACCCCUACGCCCUCCGCUGCCACUGUGCUCUGGUACUUCAUCGACGUCCUCCAGGUUUCGCCGGUGCUGUUUGUUCUCUUUUUCUUUUUUCUUUUCUACUUUGAUUUUUUUUUCUUCCUGGGUUGAUUGUGAGGCUUAGCUUUAAGAACCGGCAACCCUGAUUGUGACAAAAUAUACGGAAUGAACAAAAUAUACUUCAGCGAAAUCGCCAUCUUCUCCAAAUUCCACUAUCCUUGUGAUAUUUGGGGAUAACAGUGAUAGUUGGAGGCAGACAUUGAUACCAAGAAACAAAUUUUCAGUUCAAAUAAACAUUGAGAGAGUGAGGAAACGAAUUGAAGGAGGAAAGUAUUGAGCAUUUUUGGUCAACAAAAAGAACCAGUGUUUCCCUCCAUCUACGCUGUUGGUCGGAAUCAAGUUGUCUGAUUCUUCAGGCAAACAUGGGAAGAAAUCAGUCUCCCUCAAUAGCAGGAGACUAGUUCCGCCCUUGCCACCGUUCUUUCCUUUCCAUUAUCAACCAAAUACUGCUGUUGCAGGAAACUACCAGCUUUUCCUUCUCCCUCAUCGAGUUCCAGGGUUCUUUUCCUGCGCAUUAGCAUUUGACAAUAUGUCAAAACAACCCAACAUCCUCUUUUUGGAGGAAUGGCUGAGGAACAAAUGUGGCGGUGCUAGCAAAUUAAAUCCUAGAAACUCUAAUUCUCCAUCUGCUCGAGCCAUUAUUCAGGCAUGGGCUGACCUCAGGGACUCUGCUAAAUAUGAGUCUUUUACCUUACAUCAUCUGCAAUCUCUUAAAAUCCUUGUCAAUUCUCAAACAUCUGUCCAUGUUGCAGACCCCCAGGCGAAGCUGCUUGUUGCCAUUCUUUCAUCUCCAAAUCAUUCUCUUCCUUAUGAGUCCUAUCCUCUUAUGUUUAGGCUUCUUUACAUAUGGGUGAGAAAAACCUUGAAGCCUACUUCAGCUAUCAUUGAUUCAGUAGUGGAGGUCCUCUCUCACCUCAUCUCUGUUCAAUUUGAUUCUAGAAAAGAUCCUUUCUUCUUUUCUGAAGUUAUUCUCCUGCUAGGUGCCAUUUCUUCUGUGCUCUCUUCACCUGAAAGAUCCAAAACGACCUGCUUGGACAUACUGUCUGGACUGUUGAUAAAGGAGUAUCAAUUCCUUGGCUUGUUUACAGAACUUGUGCCUGAUGUUCUGGCAGGAAUUGGGUAUGCUUUGUCUUCUCCUGCGACAGUUUAUAAUAUUUCAAUACUGGACUCAUUAUUUGAAAUUUGGGGCGAAGAAAAUGGGCCUCAGGGAAGUAUUUCUCAGGGAUUGAUGAUUCUUUAUUUGUUUGAUUGGGUUAUGUCAAACUUGGUUAAUUUCCAGUUUUGGGAUAAAAUACACUUAUUUUGUCAAGAAGCUUUUCAGAAGUUUAAGGUAAAUUAUGCUCCAUUUGCCGUUUUCAUGGCUGGGGCUGGAGUUGUGACGGCUUCAAAAAGAUCUAUGUCAAGCACUAUUAAAUCUGAUACCAUCUCUAAAGCGAGGACUUGUGCAAUUGUUUCAAUGGAAACUUUAGCUAGCAAUUUGUUCUCAAGGAUGUUGAGAUCUGAUAUGUCAAUCUCAGGCAAUGAUCUUAGAGACAGACUUUUGCUCCAAUGUGUCUCAUUAGCAUUGGCUCGAACUGGCUCAUUUUCUGGUCAUUCCUCUUUUUUUGUUUGCCUUGCUUUGGCAUUGUUAACUGAAAUACUUCCAUUGCCUUGUAUGUGCAAAACUGCCCUUGACUUGUCAAGAGGUUCUGGUGGGCUGAAGCUAACUGAGAUCAAUGAACAUCUAGAUAAUAUCCUAUUCAAGGAAGCUGGAGCUAUAACAGGGAUCUUCUGCAAUCAGUAUGUCUCAGCAGAUGAAGAACAUAAGGAUGUUGUGGAAAAUCUUAUAUGGAAAUAUUGUCAAGAUUUGUACUUCGGGUACAGGCAAGUAGCUUUGUUUUUUAAAGGCAAGGAGGAUAAGCACCUUGAGGGUUUGGGGAAAAUUGCUGAAUCUGCUUUUCUCAUGAUUGUGGUUUUUACAUUGGCUGUCACAAAGCACAAGUUGAACUCCAAAUUCACUCAAGAAAUGCAAAUGGAUGUCUCGUUGAAGAUAUUAGUAUCAUUUUCUUGUGUAGAAUAUUUUCGUCAUGUCCGUUUGCCAGAGUACAUAGAAAUAAUUCGCAAGGUUGUUGCGAAUGUUAAGGAGAACGAGCAUUUUUGCACUUCUUUUGUGAAGUCCAUGCCUUCUUAUGUUGAAUUGACAAAUAGUCCAGAAUUUACGCUGGACCAGAAAACCAAAUACAUAUGGUCUAAGGAUGAGGUACAAACAGCUCGCAUUUUAUUUUACCUACGAGUCAUUCCAACUUGUGUUGAGCAUUUGCCCAGCCAUGUAUUCAGGAACAUGGUAGUUCCAACAAUGUUCUUAUACAUGGAACACCCAAAUGGAAAAGUAGCUCGGGCCUCACAUUCUUUGUUUAUGGCAUUUAUUUCUUUUGGGGAAGAAUCUGAAAUGAAUGGAAGAUUAUCACUGAAGGAGCAACUUGUUUUCUAUUACAUAGAAAGAUCCUUAUUGGGGUAUCCAGGCAUAACUCCUUUUGAGGGUAUGGCUUCUGGAGUUAUAGGAAUUGUUCGACAUCUUCCUGCCGGAAGUCCUUCAAUAUUUUAUUGCAUCAACAAUCUUGUUGAGAAGGCAGACAUGCUCUGUGCCGAAGUCCUCACUAAUGAUGCUGAUGCAUGGAAAAAGUUGCAGGGGGAGACAGAGCCUUGCAAGAGAUUACUGGACUUGCUUUUGCACAUAGUUUUUUUGGUUGACAUACAAGUCUUGGUGGAUUUAAUGAAGUUGUUAGCACAGCUGAUUACCAAGUUACCACAAGAUGCACAAAACAUGGUUCUUAAUGAGUUAUAUUCACAGGUGGCUGAAUGUGAUGAUGUUGUACGAAAACCAACAUUAGUUUCAUGGUUGCAGUCAUUGUCUUACCUUUGCAAAAAGGCUUCACAGGAAAAUGAAGUCUCUGCAAAGACUCCUAGUGAAGAUAACUUCAUUUUGGCCUGCGCUGCCGACCCCAGCAGCUGGUUUAAAUUAGCUUCACGACUCUGAGCAUUUAGAUCCAAUGUUUUUCGCUGGACUUUCUCUUCUAUCCUCCAAACUCUCUUGUCACAAAUCAUGUUAAUACAUUUGUUACUGCAUGAGAUGUAUAGCUGAGAGCGGAUUCUUGACUUGCUGCUUUUAAUCUUUUGUCCAUGCACCUAUAAUCUUGUCUCUAUUACCUGAGGAACAUAGUUGAUUUUAAUACCUAUUGCGUAUGUGACAUCAAUUAUUGCCAACCGAAAAUAAGAGCUGGUGGGAUGUGCAAGCUUAACGCUUGGCUUCUCUACCCUUUUCUCCUCUUGCAUGGUACUGAAAGUGAAGCCAAAAUAAUAGCUUGGUGGACAGAAGUGGUUUUGAUCAGGUGUUUGUCAGGAAGAAUAUUAAAGUGAAAGGUUCACCAUUUUGAGGUAAUUUCAUCAACUUGAGUCCUUAAUUAUCAGGUUUGAAUUUUGAUUGGGGCUUAAUUAUCCCAGUGUUUCUGUCCCCUUUAUCCAGCAAAAGAGCAGCAAAUGUCCAGGUGAAGAUGCUAGGUCUGUCUGGGAAAAAUAAAAAUAAAAUGUAAUUUAUUAGUUUUACAUGCAUUUGGAUUUCUCUCAGUUUAUAUUAGAUCUUGAUCCUUGUCGAGGGUUUAUCUCACUUUGUUUCGACAAAAUGUCCUGGCGAAGCUUUUGGAUUUGGCAUGGAGAAAGCAAUGUAAAUACUUGCUGACAUGGAGCAUACAGUUUAGUGGACCUGUAUAUGCGUGAAUGUAUGUAUAUCAAGUGUGUGUAAGUUUGAGAUGUAAUUUAUUAGUGAGAAACGAUGAAUAUAUUAAACUUUUUCCUAUGAUAUUUUAUGCAGGUGAUAAAGUUUAUGUUAUGGCUUGCUGUGUUUAUUAAGAAUUAUACUAUUUAGUAAAGGCAGUUUAGUUGUACUUGACAUGAGAUGAUUUAUGGAAAAAUUAAUUAUAAGCUGAUUUUUAAGAA